GAUUAUCUGCCUCCAGCUGAGAUGCACAGGCGUCCUCUCAGUUUCUGACUCACUAUUUACCACUAUGUUUACCGUCAUUGUUUGCUUUCAUGAGGUUUUACAAAUGUAGUUGACUUAAUUACCGGUAAUCCUACCACCUAUGGGGGGAUGUGUUGAUAUUUUUUUAAUGGUGAAGAGCUCAUUUCAGUCUUAAUGGGGCUGCUGGAUAAACUUUCGGGCUGGCUCGGCCUGAAGAAAAAAGAGGUCAAUGUUUUGUGUUUGGGACUGGACAACAGCGGCAAAACCACCAUCAUCAACCAGCUGAAACCAGCUAAUCGUUCGAAUCAUUUAGGCCCAUUGUCAGAAGAGUGGAAACAUGUUAGUCAGGCGCAGGCACAAGACAUAGUCCCGACAAUUGGCUUCAACAUUGAAAAGUUCAAGUGUUCAAGCAUGUCCUUCACCGUGUUUGAUAUGUCUGGACAGAGCAGAUACAGAAACCUCUGGGAGCAUUACUACAAAGAAGGUCAUGCCAUCAUAUUUGUCAUUGACAGCGGCGACAAACUGAGAAUGGUUGUGGCCAAAGAGGAACUCGAUACUCUUCUCAACCACCAAGACAUACGCAGCAGAAAGAUGCCAGUGUUGCUCUUUGCCAACAAGAUGGAUCUGCGGGACGCCAUGUCUUCUGUCAAGGUCUCACAGAUGUUGUGUUUGGAGAACAUCAAAGACAAACCUUGGCACAUCUGUGCGAGCAAUGCCAUCAAAGGAGAGGGCCUGCAGGAAGGGCUGGACUGGCUACACGAACAAAUUGCACAAUCACAUCAAAACAAUGAACACAUAAAUGACUGAAGUGCUUGUGACCGUGGACACAUUAUGGAUGUGGUGAACUCUAUCCCCAUUCACCUAAUGGAGUACUCAUCACACGUGAUGUUGCAGGCCUUACAAAGUCUAGUACUUGUGUGCAUGCUUCAAAUGUAAUGCCGUGUGUCUUUGAAUAAAUAAAACUGUGCAAUAAGUAUAAUUUGUAUAUGACUAACAGUUUGAAGCGGCCAUCAUUAAAACAAGCUGCACUUCAA